AUGUCGCAAGAACCCUGGGACAGCAAAACGGCUGCUAGCUCAGUCUGCGCGGAGAAACGCGUGUCGUGCCGCGUCAUCGGCUUGUUCUGCGACCCCUACGUGGCCAACACCAACUUGGAGGGUGGCCAUUCCGCGCCUCGGCGUGGCUUCGGUUUCCGAGCGCCGAAGGGCUCGGAGGAGACCCUGAGUGACGUCGCUGGCUGGCUGGGCCGCCUGAAGACCGACGGCAAGACAUCCGAGGCCAUAUCAGAAGCCUCCAAGCUCUUCGAGGAGGCUGCCAGGCUUGGCAACGAAGGCCGCGGGGCCUUCGGGUCGGGCCCCAAGGGGGCGGCGGCGUGGGUGGUGAGCCUCAGGGAGAAGCUCUCGAAGCUCCGCGAGGGCCAGCUGCUCUUAGCGCCCGGGGGAUGGAUCAACAACAAAGAAAAAUAG